CUGUCUCUUUAAGAAUACCUCCUUAUAUUGGCGAAGGUUUCGUAGCGGAGAUAUGUUUACUCAGUUCAGCAUGUGCGUCAGUUGACAUUCGUAAACUGGUCAUCUCUUAUUCCAGGAACAGGGCACACAUACAGAGAUUCGAGCGGGAGCGCAACUUCUCAGACGAAGCUGUCUUGUUUGUAUUUUAGAGAAGAUUAAUAUAUUUACGUAUCGAUUUCUUGUUUUAUGGUAGAAUGACUUGCUGAGGACGUUUCGCUACAAGAUGAUUUCAUUAUGAUUUUGCGUGCAUGUGUUGGGGCGAAGUGAUGUUACAAUAUAUUUCUUCAUGCGAAAUUGUCAUGGGGUCUGGAGAGCUGUUGUCAAAGUUCGGUGGGGUUUUUAACCGCUUGAAAAAAUCCAACUGAGCUCGUAGUAAGCACUAAUUGUUUACCUCUUUGAUACAUUUGGAUACUGAAUGUGACAGAGGGUUGAAAAUCAGUUUGGCCAUAGACCAACCUGUCACCASGCAAAAAUGACAAACUACAAGAAUAUGGAGAAACAUAGCACCCAUGUCCUGCUAUUGACGGUAUCAAUCAUCUGUACCGCAUCAGGGUCCCGGGCACGUUUUGAGGACAGCCCACCUUGGAUCGUGGAGGACCCCUCUGACCUGAUCGUGUCCAAGGGGGAGCCCGCCACCCUUAACUGCAAGGCAGAGGGGAGGCCUAACCCCACUGUGGAGUGGUACAAGGACGGUGAGCGGGUGGAAACGGACCGGGAUGACCCUCGGUCUCACCGCAUGCUCCUUCCCAGCGGCUCCCUCUUCUUCCUGCGUAUCGUCCACGGACGACGCUCUAAACCAGACGAGGGCGUCUACACCUGUGUGGCACGUAACUACCUAGGAGAGGCUGUCAGUCACAACGCUUCGCUGGAAGUAGCCAUCCUGAGGGAUGACUUCCGCCAGGCCCCCAGUGAUGUUGUGGUGGCAGCCGGUGAGCCAGCGGUCCUGGAGUGUGUUCCUCCCCGCGGUCACCCUGAGCCCACCGUCUCCUGGAAGAGGAACAACGCCCGCGUCAGCAACAAGGAUGACCGCAUCUCUAUGCUUGGGGGCAAGCUGAUGAUCUCCCACUCCAGGAAGAGUGAUGCUGGCAUGUAUGUGUGUGUGGGCACCAACAUGGUGGGAGAGAGGGACAGUGACCCUGCUGAGUUGGUGGUGUAUGAGCGUCCUGUGCUGAUGCGGAGGCCGGUGAACCAGGUGGUGAUGGAGGAAGAGACCAUUGACUUCCUGUGUGAGGUACAUGGAGACCCCGCUCCCACGGUACGCUGGCGCCGAGAGCAGGCAGAUCUCCCCCGCGGGAGGUUUGAGAUCCUCAGUGACAACAGCCUGCGUCUGACCGGGGUGAGAGAGGAGGACGAGGGAACUUAUACCUGUAUGUCUGAGAACAGCGUGGGCAAGACGGAGGCAUCAGCCAUGCUACAGGUCCAUGUGCCCCCACAGAUCGCCAUUAACCCCCGGGACCAGAUCUCGGCUCAGGGGCGCAGUGUCACCUUCCGCUGUGGCACCAGAGGAAACCCCUCACCUGCCAUCUUCUGGAAGAAAGAAGGAAGCCAGAUGCUGCUGUUUCCUGGCCAGCACUUCUCCCAGUCCGGCCGCUACUCUGUGUCCAUGAGUGGAGAGCUGUCCAUCACCGACGUGCACCCAGAGGAUUCUGGGUAUUAUAUCUGCCAGGCCAUCAGUGUAGCAGGAAGUGUCCUGACCAAAGCCCUGCUGGAGGUGGAAGGGGGUCCUUCACACCGUGUUCCACCAAUAAUCCGCCAAGGCCCAGCCAAUCAGACGUUGGCUCUGGGGUCCGUUGCCCAGUUUCACUGUCAUGCGAUUGGUGGACCCUCACUAAGGAUCGGGUGGGAAAAGGACGGGAAGAAGAUUGUGGAGGACGACCCCCGCAUGAACCUGAUGGAGAACGGGACACUGCAGAUCACUAAUGUUGAGGAUACGGAUUCGGGAAUGUACACGUGUGUGGUGUCCAGCGCCACGGGCGAGUCAAGCUGGAGUGGGACACUCACCAUGAGAGAGGAUGGAGCCCCUGGGUCAUCAGUUCCCCGGGUGUCAGAGUCCAUCCAGCUGCCAGGGCCGCCCCAGAAGCCUGUGGUGACGGAGGUGACCAGGGGCACAGUCACCCUCACCUGGCAGUCCAACCCCCAUGAGGGUGGGGCCGCUGUGACCUCCUACAUCAUCGAGGCCUUUAGCCAAUCUGUUGGCAGUGUGUGGCAGACGGUAGCUGACCGCGUGAAACAGGAGAAGCACACGGUCAUUGGCCUGUACCCAAACACUGUCUACCUGUUCAUCGUCCGAGCGGUCAACUCCUACGGUCUGAGUGACCCCAGCCCCAUCUCUGAACCCAUCAGGACACAGGAUGGGAGUCCUACAGAGCAGGGGGUGGACCACAGACGGGUGCAGAGAGAACUAGGGGAGGUGUCUGUCUACCUACAGAAGCCUGUGGUCCUAUCACCCACCAGUGCCCAGGUCUCCUGGACUGUGGCGCGUCAGUCUCAGUAUGUGCAGGGCUACAGGCUGCUGUACCGCUCCACUGGCAGCGUCUGGUUGGUCCAGGAUGUGAAGGCGGGGCCUGAGCUUAGCACUGUCCUAUCAGACCUGCGCACGGACACAGAGUAUGAGGUGAAGGUCCUUCCCUACUUCAACGAGCUGCAGGGACUGGACAGCCCCCUGGUGCUGCUACGCACCCCUGAGGAGGUGUUGAGUGCUCCCCCGCAGGCUGUGUCAGUGGUCCAGCUCAGCAACAGCUCCAGCAUCCGUGUCUCCUGGGAGCCUCCCUCUGACGUUCAGAGUGGUACAGUCCUGGAGUACAAGGUCUGGUGCCUGGGAAGUGACUCUGAGAUGAAGACAGAGAGCCAUAUCAACAGGACAGUGGAUGGAGCAGUAUUGUCCAUCCUACUGACUGGGCUGCUACCAGACCUCCAGUACAAUGUAAUGGUGGCUGCAGUCACUAUCUUGGGAGUUGGUGAACACAGCCCACCUAUAGACCUGGUCCUCACCCUACCACUGGACAUGCCUUCAGACCGUCUGCAGAAAGACAGCAGCCUCAGUCUAUCAGAGCAGAUCACAGGAGUGGUCAGCCAACCAGCGUUCAUCGCUGGGUUGGGUGUGGCUCCGUGGCUGGCGCUCAUGGGCUUCAGUGGUUGGCUGUACUGUCGCCACCGCAGGAGGAAGGAGCUGGGACACUACACCACCUCAUUCGCCUACACACCUGCAGUUGGAUUCGCUCACAGUGAAGGAUCUGGUCUCAGCAAUGGAAGUAGACCARGGAUGCUGGGCUCCAACAUGGGGAACGUUGCCCAGAAUGGAAAAGACUCAGUCAACUGUUGCUCUGGCAAACUGGACUCUACAGACAGAUACUACAAUGUUGCCAUCUCCAAUUACCUGAACCAGUCUGAGAAAUACAGCUCAGUGUCCACUGACAGUCCCAUCUACAGCACCAUCUAUACAGCUGCUGCUGAGGACUUGCAGGGUUUAGCCUACUACAACACAUACUCCAACACCCCCUGCACCCAGGGCUCCAACACCCCCUGCACCCGGGGCUCCAACACCCCCUGCACCCGGGGCUCCAACACCCCCUGCACCCGGGGCUCCAACACCCCCUGCACCCGGGGCUCCAACACCCCCUGCACCCAGGGCUCCAACACCCCCUGCACCCAGGGCCCUGACUCCUAUGCCAGUACCCCCGUCCUCUCCAACUCGGGCCUCUUCGGUCUGGUGCAAGACCUGGACCAGUGGACCAUCCAGUCUGGACAGUCUGUAGAGUACGCCAAGAUGCAGUACGCCAGGACAAGCAAUGCCAAGCUGGUGAAGCAGAGGUCAGUGUGUCUCCCAUUUAACCUACACCACUCAACUGGGAAGGACGUUCUGUCUCUACCACUGCCUGCUAAUAAAGGAUGUGGUUACACCAAGAGAGAUCAGGAUGAUGGGAGGAACAGUAACUCUGAUGAGGAGGACAGGUGUCCCCCGCUGCCAGCAAGGACUCACCUGAUGGAUGGCUUCAGGCAGGUUUUACCCAGCCUGCCCUCCUUCAGAAGAGAGAAGCUGGCCCAGGACACCACCUCCAGCCUACAGUCCACAGCCACGCUUCCCCCCUCCCCCCAAGAGGAGACACCCCCCCCGAACCCCAACGACAGCCCCCGGCUGCAGCACUUUGACCUGCGGGGCCACUACGAGCCCAGUUCCCAGGUCUCUCAUUCCAACCCCAACCUGUUUGCCAAUAUAGACGUCAGCGGGCCAUACCACACCAGCCAAUGGGGAGACCCCUUCACAGGGGAGAGCUUUACUUCAGAGAGGAGUGGCAGAGGAGGACAAUCUCCUCCUUUCCCGGCUGACUCCUCAUACGCUACGCAGGGACACAGAACCAGAAGCAAGAAGAAAGCCCUCAGGGAGGGCCAGCACCGACGAGAGCUGCAUGACCAAGCAGUCUGUGCAGGCCUGCCCCCUCCGCCGGCCCCACCCCCCGCAGCAGAUGACCCCAUGCAGCUCCUGGUUGAUGUGCUGGGUUGUAGCCGGACGCCGUCGGCGGAGAACUCGCCGGCCCUACAGAGGAGAGGAGACUACUCCUCACCCCAGAAGAGAGGGCCUGCCAUGAGGGGCUCACAAGAUGAGGGGGUAAUCCCGUACUGCCCGUCCAGCUUUCUGCCCCGGGGUCAGAUGUCCUGCUACGGUUCCCUUGGUGGAGGGGCCUCCUCGCGGGCUUCAACUGGACAGAGAGGGCCUGGAGUUGCCCAGAGGAGGGACGAGCUUGUUUUGCUGCUUCCAUCUUUGCUGAACUCCAGCCUGUUGCCAUGGUAUCAAAGAGGAGCUGAAGACAAAAGUGAAAGCAUGUAGGCUUGCCACCUGCCUUUUCGAUAUUGGUUCAUAUUUGUGUUUUUUAUCGUUUGAUAAUUUGUAUGUGAUUUUAUGUCCUGCCUCGAUGUAUAUAGACAUCUUAGCAACUUUUUUAAACAGGAUCUUGGAUAAAGAUAAUAUAUUGUAUUUUGAAAAAAAAGAAAGAAAAAGUCUUAAAAUUGCUGUAGAUAUUAUACAACAUAUGUUUGAAUGUACUUUGUUGUUUACCCUGAAACCCUGGUGAUGUUUGUGUGAUGAAAGGAUAUGAGGCAGAAACUCUGUUAACAAGACCAUCUGAGAGUGUGUGUUUACAGUUUUUCUCUCUCGCUGUCAUUGUGGCGUAAAACCUCCUGCUUCUUCUAAACAGACAUAUCGAUCUUAUCAACACCAGAUGAAAUAGCCUUGUCCUUUCAGUUUGUGAUGCUGAAAAUGUGUGAACCUAUACCCUUGUUGAACACCAAUUGUUAUGUUCUGUCAUCAGUUGAAUGAUUUGUUAAAAAAAUACCAAUAAAACAUUUGUUAC